AUGUCCGAGCCGCACUCCGCGCCGGUCUCGUUGGCGCGAUACCGCCCUUUCCUUUACCUCUUUACUGGUGUCGCAGCUGCAUAUACCCUCGUUUACAUACGGAACCAUAUAAUCUCAUCAAGUCCCUCGGAACCCCUGCUCCGCCGCCGAGGCGCCGUACGCCGCACAAGACGAACUGAAGCCGACGAGCUGGGAAUAGCUGACACGCCCUCGUACCGCGCGAUAACCCGCUUAGAUCAACUGGAACGACAAAACGGUGUUUAUGGAACAUUUCGUGUUGAGACGCAUGAUGGCCGGAGAGUGGAAAGUGGACUUCUACCUUCUCUGCUGGGUACCCCCGAGCAGUUGGUAGAAGAAGUCGGUAUGUUGAUGGAACAAGCAGAAAGCAUGCGCGAGACAAUGGAGGAUGCUUUCCUAGAGACCUUUAUGGCUCUUGAAUUUCCUCCUUCCCAUACACUGGAGGAGGGAUCGGCUGAGAGGACCGUCGGGGGGAUCUCGCGCUCCUGUAUUGAUCGAGCUCUUGCUCGAUUCAAUGCCGACGAGAACUUUGGGGAUGACCUGCGACAAAGGCGGAACGGUACCCACCGCAUCAAUAUUGCUGGGUCUACCAACCAUGAUGGGGCCCUGCUCGAUGCAGCAGCACCGGACGGAGGCGCGCAAGAGGCGGAACAACCUCUCCAAACUCUUGAUGGUGGAGAGACGGUCGUUGAUGAUCAGAGCGUUUUCUCUUGGCGCGACAGCCAUAAUGACGCAUCUCCGACACGCGAGGGCCAGAAUCUCCUCAACUUGCUAUACCAUAUCGCGGAGGAUCAGGCACGGCGAGAUGGGUAUAUUCACCGUGGAGUCACUUGCAACAGCUGUGGCGCUAUGCCGAUUCAAGGUAUCAGAUACAGGUGUGCUAACUGCAUUGACUAUGACCUCUGUGAGACGUGUGAAGCUAUGCAAGUGCACAUAAAAACCCAUCUCUUCUAUAAGGUUCGGAUUCCAGCUCCAUUCCUUGGAAACCCACGACAGUCACAACCAGUUUGGUACCCUGGCAAGCCGGCAAUGCUUCCUCGAAGCCUUCCACGGCCGCUUGCCAAGAAGUUCAGUCGCGAAACCAAUUUUGAAAACACCGAGCUAGAUGCUCUUUGGGACCAAUUUCGUUGCUUGGCAAACUACGAAUGGGCCGAUGACCCUAACAAACUGUAUAUGGCCAUUGAUCGCAAGACAUUUGAUCGGUGCUUCGUUCCUCACACCUCUAUUCGCCCGCCUCCUCCGAGCUUGAUCUACGACCGCAUGUUUGCUUUCUACGACACCAAUGGUGACAACCUUAUUGGCUUCGAAGAAUUCUUGAAAGGGCUGGCUAGCCUCAACAACAAGAGUAAUGAUGAGCGAUUGCGCCGUGUCUUCCGCGGAUAUGAUAUCGAUGGAGAUGGUUAUGUGGAACGCAAAGAUUUCCUUCGAAUCUUCAGGGCAUAUUACGCUUUGAGUCGAGAGUUGACUCGCGACAUGAUUGCUGGAAUGGAGGAUGACUUUCUCGAAGGUGGAGCGCGGGACGUUGUUCUUGGUAGUCAACCAAUCAGUUCCGCUUUUCCAGGCAGCAUUCCGUCUGGUGAUGCAUCGCGCACUGGCGAAGGCAAGCGUCUGAACCAGGACGGUGAUAUGCAAAUUAUCGAUAACGAAGGAGUCUUGCGGCAAGAUAGCUCCGAUACUGCUGAUCGCCACUCGAUCGUAGGUGAGGCUGCAGUCCGCCAUCAAUUUGGUCGAACACGACCGUUGUUCCCAUCCACCAUACGUCUGGCGAAUGCCGAGGGUGGUACCCAGUCGAGUGCCCAACGGGCUGACGACGAAGAUGAGGGAAAUGACGAAGGGGAUGACCCAGAUGCCAGCGAGUCUGAUGAUGAUUCCGGCUCCUCAGGAAUAAGUGGCGUCUGGCCUCCACCAGAGCAUAUCAGCGAAGAAGAUAUCAUUGACGCCCUUGGAACGUAUGUACCCCCUCAGGAAAUCAACGACCCUAUCGAUAGGGCCCGUGUCGUGACAGCCGUAUACAACAGGGUACGCGACGAAGACCAAAGGCGGAUCGACGACGCCCGUCGAAAUGGAAUCGACGAGCGCUGGCGACGGCGCGCUUUUUACACCGAUGAGGAAGACGGAGCCACCAUCCCCGAUGGAUAUCAACACGAUCCGUCUUUCGACGACUUAAGUGACGACGACUCAGAUCACUCUGCAGACUCACACCCGCCAUCGCCAAGAUCUCGCUCUUCGUCAAAGGUUCGAUUCCAAGAUGACAUUCCUACUGACCUUGAUGAUAUCCGGUCCAACCCUUCGACCUCCUCGAGGAGUGUAACUGUCAGUGAGCGAUGGGGUGGCUUUGAGAUCCCAGAAAUGGAAAGAGAUGUCGGCAAGGAGAUUUUGUAUCAAGUUACACAGCAAGGGUUUAAUGAGCUCCUCGACCUUCUGUUUAAGCAACAGGAAGACCUUCUCAUGGAGGUUCACCGCACACGGGCCGAUCGGAAGACCUGGGCCAAAGAGAUCGAAAUGGUGCAAGCUUCCCCGCCUCCGAAACCAGAGCUGAAGGAGCCUGUGCAGGCGAAGGACGAGGAAGAGCUAGAGGCUAUUACAAGCGAGAGAUCUCUGGAUGAUUUGCUCCAACGCUCCGGUUACGCUAUUGCAAGUCCGACUUUACCAGCGAACGAAGGCCCCGUUCUCGCGCCCCCUUCAACACAAGUGUUCGACUCAGACGAUGAUGUCCGGCCAACGCAUUUGCCAAAUGUCGAUGAUCAAGAAGGACUGGGCCAGGCUUACUCUUACGACAUUGAGACAGAAUCGGCUUCGGAAACUGGGUCUUCCGAUUCAGAUGAGGAGGGUUCGGUUGAAUCAUCUGAUGAGGAGGACGCCGAUGCCGACUUCCAGGAGGGUCCUGAUAUUACUUUCGAGAGUCCCGAUUCCAAUCUUGAAGAAAGGCCCGGGUACGACCCUACAAUGCCACAGUUCCGCCCUGAGAACGAUACACCUCGAGCUGUGCCUGUCUUCCACACCGAGCCACAGGUGUGGGUGGAAGCAAAUUAUCACGACACCGAAUUUCUCCAUUGCAACCCUACCUCGAAUCUUUCAAGUCGGCUUCGUCUCGCGCCUGAUGAUACACCUUCUUUACCUGCUCCAUCUUCACCUCGCUCCUCUUCCUCCGAGGCUGAAGCAACAGCCCCUAAACAACCUCCAUCUCCCAUGCAGCCCCUCCCUCCUCCACCCAAAGCAGUUCUAGCCCGAUGGGCAUACUUGAAUCAAGUGGAGCGUGAAGCCAAGAGUCGUGGCGGCAGUGGCGCCAAACUGAACUUCGAAGAGUUCCAGCGCCGAAUGGCGGCUGAUAAGGGCCGCCGGCUCGCGUUUGUGGUAACUUGGAUUGAGAUGGCUAGUUUCUGA